ACCGCCCACUUUACCGAAAUUUCUUAAGGAUGUCUAUUUAAACCAAUUCACGCAUUGUCGGUUUUUGAUAACAAAACUAGCGGUCUUUACUUUUGCAACAUUGUCACUUGAUUUAAUGCCAGGAUGGAGUUUGGAAUUAGACACAUUAUCUUAGCAAUGGUGACCUUUCAAUUGGGAACAAUUGCGCAAAGACUAAACGUGAACGAAUAUUACUGUGGUAACAAACCUGCUGAUGUUGUCUUUCUGUUGGAUUCUUCAAACAGCAUUUGGGGACCACAUUUCCGUACACAGUUACAAUUUGUCAAAGAUGUCGUGUCCAUGUUUCAAGUCGAUGUGAAUCAUACAAGGAUAGGUAUUGUAACCUAUGGGUCGAGAGUUCGGCGAGAGUUCUACCUUAACGAAUUCCUUACGAAACCGGGUGUUUUGUCGGCUAUUGACAGAAUUCGACAAAUGCAGGGAUAUGCAACCCAUACACACAGAGCCAUAAAGUUCAUGAGACAAACUAUGUUUACGACCGAAAAAGGAGCAAGGGCCGAUGUGGCUAAGAUUGGCAUUAUUCUUACAGAUGGACAAUCAAGUAAUAUGUUGUUGACCGUAUGGGAGGCAUCAAAAUCCAAAAAAGACAAUGUCAAUAUAUUUGCAAUUGGGAUCGGAUCAAAAAUUAACACACGGGAACUGCGAUUGAUGGCAAGUCGACCUACUCAUGAACACUUUUUCAAAGUGACAGACUUCCACGCACUUCAGAACAUUAAAGAUAUGUUAGCUGUCAGAACCUGUAGAGUUACUAUAAAACCUACACCAUCAACGACAACGACAACAACAACGACUCCCACAACAACUACCACUACCCCGACCACCACCACAACAUCAUUGCUGGAAGUAGCAAACAGAGUAUGCGAAAAUGGCGUUAGCGACGUCAUCUUUGCACUCGACUCUACAACGUCUGUGUCGGACGAAGAUUUCGAAAAUCAAAUGACUUUUGCUAAAGAGAUCGUUAACACUCUGAAUGUUAAAAAAAAUGGAACCAGGGUCGGCGCCGUCCUUUACAGUGACCAGGUGGUGAACGCUUUGGAUAUGAAUGACAUGUACGAUCGCAAUGACGUUAUUGCAACCUUGGAGAAAACCAAACGAACGGCGGGAAAUAACAGACUGGACUUGGCAAUUAAGCAUAUACGUACCAAGAGUUUCCGAAGAGGGCUAGCGAGAAAACACUCCGCCCAGCUUGCUAUUGUUAUUACAGGGUCACCAGUGAUGUUUGAUAAGUUUGCAAAACAGGAAGCUGAUAGGGCUAAAGAGUCGGACAUUGUCGUAAUUCCUAUUGGAGUAGGACAAGCUGCUGUCGAAGAAGUGAAAUCGUUAUCGGGAUCGUCGGGAAAGUUUUAUACUGUCCCGUCUUUUAGUCAGUUACCCUCUCUCAUAGCCGAGGUCGCCAUAGAAGCAUGCAGAGUUCCUGUUGCCGAAAAGUCGAUCCAGGAUCAAGCCUGUGGCUCUCGGCAAGAAGCAGAUAUUAUGUUUAUGCUGGACAGUAUCAACGCCGGUCGAAAGAACACGAAAAGAGCUUUAGCUUUAAUAAGGGACCUCACCAACGAGCUUGAUGUUGCCCCUGAUAAAAUACAGGUCGGACUGAUGUCUGCCGAGUGUCAUGAGGAUACCACAGGGUUCUUACUGAAUUCAAACAAAAAUAAGAACGAAGUUAAUGAUGCGUUAUCAAAAACGAAAAGCGUCGAUUUUUCGGCGCUACUGAAACGGAUGAGACAUGGUGCCUUUAGUCAGAACCACGGAGGACGACGGCACGCUAAGAAAGUGGCCGUGCUCGUAAUUGACGGAAGUCUUGAGGAGCCACUGCGCGCGCUGACGGAAGCACAGCGCGCGAAACUUCAUGGAGUUGAGGUUAUUGUAGUCCAGGUUGGAGAAGAAAAACCACAGGAUGAGGUGUUGAUGAUGUGUGAUGCCCCCGCUAAAGAAACUUUUUUCAAAGUAUCAGAUUACAGCGAGCUUCCUGCAAUCAAACAGAAAAUAUGGGACAGUUUAUGUGACGAACUUUGAUUUCCAAUCAUGUCUUGUAUAUAAAGAACAAGACACGCAAUUGAAGGAACGAUAACCCGAUACAGCGUUACCUUACAGUAUCUGUCCAAAAAUGGGUUUGAUGAAAAGAUGUGUAAAGGCAGGCCGUCGAAAGCUGGAUAAAACGAGAACUUUCUUUACCAAACUUUUGUAAUGUUUGGAAACGAGUCUGUCGUUUUAAUAAUCUUAAAGCAUAGUCGAGAACAAAAUUUUCAAAGCGAGUUUUAGAAACCGGACAUAAGUAUACACUAGCAGGUCCGAUGACCUCCAUAUCUCAAAGCACUUAAUGGUUCAAAGUGUAGUCAUAAUAAUUGUUCAAAGAAUAAACUGCAGUGCUGUAACUACUUAUAGUCUUUACAUAUAAGGGGGUAUUAUAACAGUGUCAUAGCGGGUAUAAGACAUAUAUUGUUUGCAUACAUAAAUAUACUGAUAUAUGACAUGAAUUUUACAAUCAAAGUGAAGUAGUGCUGCAUUGUAUAUUUGCAAUGUUACUGUUGGUUUUCUGUGUUCAUGUUCCAAAUAUUUUGUACCUUAUACUAUUUUUUAUAUUUGUUCAUAUUUUCUAAAAUGUUGUUUAUUGCUUUUAUUAAACAUAAUAUGUUUAUCAAUAAAACAUAAUCUCUUAAACGUUGAGUUGAAAUGGAUUUCAAUCUAGAAAGUUUGAAUAAAAGAUUUCGUAGAAGAAAUUAAUAAGAGGCA